AUGCGUUGGAUGCUCGGUGUGUGGUUAGUGGCGCUGUUCUCCAUUCUCGCCAGAGGACACAACACACUGUAUGAAGGAUACACCCUCUCACCAUCAGGGUACCAUGUGUGUCCCGGGAUCGAGAUCGUUCCCAUGACUACCGUGAUCUCCUAUAAGAGCGCUUACACCCAGAUGACGCCGUGUGGCGGGUGGCUGCCAUGGAAAAUGUGCAACGUCACACGUUACAGCACAGUGUACCAGACUCAGGUCGUCCACUCAUCGAAUCAGACGAUGAAGUGCUGCGACGGCUACGAGCAAGUGGGCAGUUACUGCGCUCUGUCCCUUAACAGGAGUUCGGAGUUCACGGCUAAACCUGGAGUUUGUCCGGUACUUCCUGUCUCGGGAUCAGGUUCAGGGUGUCACUGGGACACGGACUGUCCCGGCUGGCAGAAAUGCUGCCAAACAGAAAACCAGACUCUCUGUGUGGAGCCUCAGACAUUCGUGAACAUGAGUUCGUGGCUGAACGUGACAGUAACUGUGAAAACAGCGUACAGUUUGGUGAACACGAGGGGCGGAAUCUUCAACCACACACGCCUGCUGCACUCUGUGGUGACAGGAGCUCUGAGCUCUCCACAGGUCUCAGUGUAUCACACACACUCGUGGUCUUCAGGAUGGUUCAGUACAUCCUCAUGUCUGCUGCUCGGCUCGGAUCGGCUCCUGUCCUUAACCAACAUCUCUGACACACUUCUGCUCCUGCUGGAGAACAUAGAGGAGGUGACGGCUGUAGAUGUCAGGGAUGUGAAUGAGUGUGCCACGCCCCUGCUGAGGGACUGCUCUCCCCUGGCCUACUGCAAUAACACUUUGGGCUCCUAUAACUGUGUGUGUGCUGCUGGAUCCGCAGAUCUUCAGCCCAGCAGGCCAGGAACACAGUGCACGAGUAUUCCUAAGAUCCCCAAACUCUGGGCCAAAAACGUCACAAGCUCCUCCUUCAACCUGUUGUGGGACGUUCCCUCUCAGAUCAACCUCACGUCAAGCCUCGUCCUCUUCCACGGGACUCAUCAGAUGGGCCCCUGGGUAACGACGUUCUCCAACUGGACAUGGACCAACCUUCAGCCUGGGGUUCUGUACACCGCUCAAGUGUCCCUGUGUAUGUGUGGUUACUGUGGGAAUGCCACCGAGCUGAAAGUAAAGACAGAUGCACAGACUCUCGAAGCGGUUGCCCGUAUAACCAGCAUAAACUUCACCAAUGAUCUUCUGGACCCGAACAGUGAAGAGUACAAGAUGUUUACCGAAAACGUCAGGAACGAGACUCUUCGUUAUCUUCCUUCCUGGAUCCUGGACUUGGUUCUCUCUGGGAAGGUCAUAGUGUUAAUCACUCAUCUGUCUCCAGGCAGCGUCGUGGUCACGUUCACCCUCGUGUUCCCUCCUGACAGCACACUGGACAUCUCCACCAUCGCUCAUAAUCUGAUGGAGUCUCUGGGGAACAGCACGCAGUUCAUCGUCGACAGAAACAGCAGCAAGAUCAUGGACGUGAAUGAGUGCGCGCUGGGCGAGGUCGACUGUUCCCCGUGGGCCAGAUGUGAGAACAAGCUUGGUUCAUACAUCUGUGAGUGUUACUACGGUUACACUGAUGCAAACCCUGAGAGGCCGGGACGCACCUGCGAAGCCAACAAUGUGCCAGCUUCCACUUCAUCUCCAAACACCACGAGUCCAUCUGCAGAGGUCGUCUCUACAACAUUCAUCAUGAGCACGCUCUCUCAAAACACAACCACAUCCAUGUCCACAUCCACUCCUAUCACUGAUAAAACCACAACAUCCUCUUUAUCAUCAUCUAUAUCUAUAAACUCUGUAACACCAGACACCAAUGUAAUGGUCAGGUCAUCAACAGCAGAGCCAUCUGUUAAUAAAACCAGUGAAUUAAUAAGCACACCAUCCACCACAUCUUCUUCUACACCAUCAUCCACUUCCAGCACCCAAACCACUGCAACAACAGAUUUAACCUCCACCUCCCACACCUCCAUAUCGCCCAUCUCUCAAACGGAGUCCAUCACCGUGGAGUGCGGUCCCGGGUUCAUGGUCGUAUCCGUGUCCCGAAAUUUCCUGGACUUGAAGCGCAUCUCCGAGUCCUCGCUGUACCUGGGCGUGCCCAGCUGUAACCUGACUACGGGGAACGUCACCCACGUCAUGCUCUUCGUGGCCUGGGGAAUGUGUGAAACUCAACUGCGGAAUAACAGCCAGAACAGCACAGUGCAGGUGACUCUCUAUAACACGGACGCUCGGCUCCAGGUUCCUGUCAUCUGCACAUACAUCAACAGUUUUAUCAUCUCCGCUGGAUACAGUUCCUCUGGGUACGAUAUGAUUAACAAUGUGGUUGAGGGAUCUGGGAUGUACCAUGUGACGGUGCGAUUGCUGAACGGGACGUACCCUCUGCCUCAGAACUACACGCUGUCUCCGGAAGAUGAGGUCAUCAUCGAGGUGGGGCUGAGCUCCAACAUGUCGCAGAUUAAAGUGGUCAUUAAUAAAUGCUGGGCCAAUCCCAGCAACAACCCGGCCGAGCUGCCCAACAAUGUCUUCUUUGAAAACAGUUGUCCCGUCCCAAACAGAUUCACCAAGGUCCUGCAGAACGGUGAAUCCACUCGUUCUCUGCUGUCUGUAAAUCUUUUCCAACUGGUGGAAUACGACGUCAUUUACCUGCACUGUCAGAUUCAGAUCUGCAUCGAGAUGUCCACAGCCACGUGCCGCCCUGGUUGUAACACGGUUCCCCGGCUGGCGAGAACCUCCAGAGGUGCUAAUGUGAUCGGGAUGGCUAAAGCCUCAUGCGGUCCUCUACUGAGGUCACAUCUGGAAGUGACCCUGCAGGACACGGUGUGGAGCAUGCGCACUCUCGGCUUCAUCCUCUUGGCGUUGGGAGUGUGUGUGUUGGCGUUCGGAGCCGUGGCUGUGGUUAUGUUCUGCAGACGCAGGAUGGGAAACUACAGCUUCCAGUUCAAGCCACGUGAGGAGAACUUCACCUACCACGUCUUCGACGCCUGAACACGUGAACACGUGAACACCUUCAGUCCUGCGCUCGCUCCAUCACUGUCCUGCAUUUAUUCUGCUUAUAGAACUACCGAACAAGCUGUAGCGUGCUGCUGUGUGUUAGUCCACGUGAAUAUUACCAUUACUAUUGCUGAGCAAUAUUUACAUCAUCAUCAUCAUCAUCAUCAUCAUCAUCAUCAUCAUACACAACACGCUUUCUCUUUCAAUGGGGUUGAUUUUAAUUUGUCUGUUCUUACGUUCUAAUUUGUUCUCUCUCACGUCCCUCUUUGUAUUUGAGUCUCUUUUUCACCUCAUCAGGUUUCCUCUUGCUGCAUUACAGUGUAAAUUUACAAUGUAAAGCUAUAACGUUAUAAUGUUUUAAAAACAAAGUGAUAUAAGAAUACGAUUUCGGUCACAAUGAUAUAUUACAAUUUAUAUAAAUAUCGUUAUAUUUUGUUUAUAUUGUUCAGAAUAGUGUACGUAUAAUUCAUUAAGGUCAAUAAAUCUAA